ACUCUGACGAAGGACGUGGUUCUGAAUGAUCACCUGGUGCCCAAGAACGGAACUGUGAAUUUCAUGGUGGCCCAAAUGGGUUGGGAUCCGAAGGUGUGGGAGGACCCAAUGGAGUUCAAGCCAGAGAGAUUCCUGAACAGCGAGAAGAAUGAGGUGGAGGCGUUUGAUUUCACAGGGACGAAGGAGAUAAAGAUGAUGCCGUUUGGAGCGGGAAGGAGGAUGUGCCCAGGAAACAACUUGGCCAUACUUCAUAUGGAAUAUUUUGUGGCCAAUCUGAUUUGGAAUUUCGAGUGGAAAUCCCCAGACGGAGAUGUUGAUUUGUCUGAGAAACAGGAAUUCACUAUGAUGAUGAAAACUCCAUUGCUCGUCUCUCUAUCCCCAAGAUUUUAGGACCCGGUAGGUUUU